UGGCUCAAAGGGGGGGGGAGGGCACCGGCGCCACCCCCCCACGCGCCCCGUGUCGGGGGGGCGGGUGGCCAGCGCUCAACACGAUCGAGAUGGAGCGCGGGUUCGCGCGAGCGUGCCGGCGGGGAUGGCGACCAGGCUCGAGCCCACGGACCUGGACCUGGACCAGGACGGCUGGGAGUCGCGCCAGGUGUCGAUCUACUCCGAGGUGUCCCGCCAGUCCGACGUCGAGCUGCUCGCAGACCAGGAGUGCUUCAGCCGCCAGUGCUCGUCCAUCGACGAGGUGGCCUCCGGCGCCGUCGACGCCUCGCUGCUCGAGAAGGCGGUGGCCGCCGCGGUCGCCGAGUGCAGGUUCUGCGUCUCCGUCGGGGACCCCAUGCAGGACGACUGCCCCCUGAUAGCCGUCUCCGACGAGUUCGAGGCGAUGACGGGCUACCGGCGCGACGAGAUCAUCGGCAAGAACUGCCGCGUGCUGAACAAGAACUGCUCCCUGGACCACGAGGACUUCUCCGCGCUCCGGGCCAGCUGCCGAGGCGGCGACCGCUUCACCAAGGUGGUGCUCAACCGGCGGAAGUCGGGCGAGCUCUUCCUCAACCUCAUAGCCCGGCUUAACCUCAUAGACCUGUGCGGCCUGGUCGUGGCGCAGGACCUCGCGACGGGCGUGGACCUGUGGUUCCUGGUGGGCAUCCAGGCCGACGUCACGCACAUGGCCGUGGACGAGAUCCCCGAGGACCACCUCAACAGCCUCCGGGAGGUGGCCAGCACGAUCCGGGCGAAGAUCACGGAGGAGCUCUCCACGUUUGCGCUCAGCGGCGCCCUGCGCGCCCGCGACCGGGACUCCUGGUGGGUCGCGCGGGAGCCCCAGUACAGGCCCGCCAGCGAGAACACCCUGGCGAGCCUGCCCCCGUGCAGGACGUGGCUCGAGGGCGCGGACGAGGUGGAGCAGUCUCGGGUCGUAUCGCGCCAGGCGUCCUCCCUCUCCCGGCAGGCGACGAUCAUGUCGGACAUGCACUUCGGGGCCGAGGACUUCUCGAUGGACGCGUUCAUGCGCCAGCAGAGCGCCGUCGUGGAUCAGCAGGGAGUGGCCCUCGUCGACGACGCCAACAUCGAGAGGGCCAUCGUCGCCGCCGUGAAGGACUGCAGGUUCUGCGUCAGCAUCGGGGACCCGCGGAGCGAGGACUGCCCCCUGAUCGCGGUGUCCGACGAGUUCGAGGCGAUGACGGGGUACAGCCGGGAGGAGAUCCUGGGCAGGAAUUGCCGCAUCCUCAACCGCGAUUGCCAGUUGGGCGACUGCGACCUGCGGGGGCUGCGGAGGGCCUGCGAGACAGGGGCGCCCUUCACCAAGGUGCUGCUGAACCGCAGGAAGUCCGGGGACCUCUUCCUCAACCUGCUGGACCUCCGCGGGCUGACCGUCGCGAGGAAGCCGGGCGGCCAGGAUUUGUGGUUCUUGGUGGGCAUCCAGGCGGACGUGACCAGACACUCCAUGUCGUGCCUCGAGGGCACGGUGGCGGACCUGCACAAAGUAGCCACCUCGAUCAGGGAGCAGCUGAAGGACCGGCUCUCCGAGAUUGCGGUGGCAGGAUCGAUCUCGCGGCACGCCGGCACGCCCGGGCUGUGGCACCCCGUCAUCAAGGCGAGGUGGAAGCCGGGCGAGCAGCUCGCCGACCCCCCGAGCCUCGCCUGGAUGGCCCGCAUGUCCCGCAACUCGUUGCCGCGCGUGGGGCCGCGGGCCCGUGGCGUUGCCCAGCACCCUGGCUCCGCCGAGCCGCCCCGGAGCCGCCUCGAGGGUGCUCCCUUGCUGCCCCUGGUGGUCGGGGGGGCCGCCCUGGUCCUGCUGGCCGGUGAGCGCCAGAAGUUCCAGGCCGUGGAGCAGCUGCAGGGACGGCGGGCGGGUUGCCUGCCGGCGCUCACCACGUCGCUGUGCGCGCAGCGCCAGAGCGCCACGGUGCUGGAGCGCGGCUUCGCGGUGAUUCGGGUCAUCUGCGGGCGCGGGAGCGCAUUGACGUCCUCCAGGCACUCCCCCGGGGGCGAGACCAACCCCCGCGUGGACGCCGCCGUCGACGCGGGGGCGAUGGAGGCGGUGGUGCAGGGCCUCUGGGCGCACCCCGCCCACGAGGGCGUGCAGGCAGAGGGCUGCGGGGCGCUGCAGAGCCUCACCGUCGGCGAGCCCUCGCGGAAGGACCGCGCCGCGGACGCCGGGGCCUUGGAGGUGCUUGUCGCCGCUCUGCGGCGGCACCUCGGCUGCGCGGCUGUCCAGGAGCGCGCCCCCGCCGCCGUCCGCAACCUCUGCGUCGGCACCGACCUUGCGGGCGGGACCCGGGCGCGCCGGGCCACGGAGGCGGGCGCGCUGGAGGCGCUGGUGGACGCCCUGAAGGCCAACGCCAGCAACCCUGUGGUGCAGGAGAAGGCCUCCGCCGCGCUGCGCAACAUCUGCGCCGCCGCCAGCAGCGCGGCGCCCGCGGAGCGCGCCGCAGAGGCGGGGGCUCUGGAGGCGUUGGCCGCCUGCCUGCGGAGGCACGUGGCCGAGGUGCAGGUGGUGGACCAGGCCUGUUCGGCGAUCCAGAGCAUCUGCAGCGGCCGCGGCCACGACGGCGGCGACACCCGGUUGGCGCGCGCCGCCGAGGCGGGAGUCAUCGAGGCGAUAGUGGUCGCGCUCCGCGCCCAUGCUGGCAACAGGGCGCUGCAGGGCCGCGCGCUCGCCGCGCUCCGCGACACGUGCGCGGGCGGAGACCCG